UUAUGGUUUCUGAGGAAGAAGAGGAGAUGAUUACCUCAGCGAUGAGCUCUCCACUCCUCCAGAAGAAGAAUUCUCUGGCUGGGUCACUAGAUCAGAUUCCAAACCGAAUAGGAACCUCACUCUCUCCUGAAUCUUCAAGCAACAAGGCAGACUCCCAGGAUGCCAAAUUUACUUCAGGUGACCCUUCAUCUGAAUAUCAAAAGAAAAACAAAUUUCAGGAGAUUAUGAAACCCACCUCAAAUUUUGCAACACCAAACCUCACGAAAUGUGAGGUCUGUGGCACCUGCUUCGAGACCCGCAAGGGCCUGUCCAGCCAUGCGCGUUCUCACUUACGGCAGCUUGGUGUGGCUGAGUCUGAGAGCAGUGGAGCUCCCAUCGACUUACUUUAUGAACUGAUGAAACAGAAAGGAAAAAUGGACAGCAGCCCCGUCUCUCCAAGUCUUAGCAAAAAAUCUGCCUCUCCCAAAGAAAGGUCUGCAGGGUCCUCACGGCCCACACUGCUGCUGCCUCUCGACAAAGCUUCGGAAAGGUCACAAGAGCCACCUGUAAACAAAGCAGUCAAAUCCCCUCCAGGUUUCACCCCCAAGAAUGUUUCCCAACCAGGAUCUCCCAUACUCAAGAAAAUGGCAUCUGCUCUGCCUGGUUCUCCUCCACAAAAGAACCCUGAAGACAAAAGCCCCAAGCUACCGUUGGGCCCUCUGCAGAGUCCACCUAAAACACAGUGGUCACAACUGGAGGAAGAAGGCCCUUUAAAUCUAACUGUAGAUAGUGACUCGGGCAGAGAAAUUGACUGCCAAUUAUGUGGUGCUUGGUUUGAAACCAGAAAAGGGCUGUCAAGUCACGCUAGAGCCCACCUGAGACACCUGGGAGUGAGCAAUCCAGAUGCUAAAGGAUCUCCUAUUGAUGUUUUAAAUGAUCUCAUCAAAAAUGAAGACUUCAAAGGCCGUCUUUCCUCUCUCAUCCAUAGCGAGAGAGACUCAUUAGGGGAGAUUGGGAGUUCUGAUGGACACAGCCCAAAGAGCACAGCUACAGCAACACCUACCACAGGCAUGAAACAAGCACACUCACCAAGGCCUUUGGGCAAACAGCCAUCUAUACUCUCACCUCACUCCCUUCCACCAUCCAAGAAGCUGAAGCCACAUGGGCACAGGCUGUCACUUGUGGCCAGUCUACAAAGGAAACAGGGUCUUUCUUCCAGUGCGUACUGGGCAUCAGAUGCUGAGAUGGCUCCACUCAAUCUCUCUUCUGGUGCAGAACCUGUGCGGGACAUCAGAUGUGAAUUCUGUGGGGAAUAUUUUGAGAAUCGCAAAGGGCUCUCCAGCCAUGCCAGAUCCCAUCUACGUCAAAUGGGAGUAACUGAAUGGUAUGUGAACGGUUCUCCAAUUGACACACUCCGAGAAAUUCUGAAAAGGCGAGCUCAACCUCGGACCAGUACCUCGAGUUCCCCAGCACAUAGUCAGAAGUCAAUUACCCAGUCUGUUCUUGGAGGCUCUCUGGAACCCUGUAGCCCAGGAGAAAGCCACAUGCCUGGGAUCUCUAAGAAGGCACAGCAGCCAGGGAGCCCUAUGGGGCACUCGCCUACCUCUUCGCCUCCCCCAACUGCUAGAAAAAUAUUCUCUGGGCUUCCUUCUUCUUUGCAUAAGAAAUUGAAGCAAGACCAAUUACGAAUGGAAAUCAAGCGGGAAAUGAUCUCUGGGGGACUUCAUAAUGAAUCACAUCUAUCUGACAGAGCCUGGUCACCACGGGAGGAGAUGUCUCCACUCAACCUCUCUGCUCGUGCAGACCCUGUCCGAGAAAUUCGUUGUGAAUUUUGUGGCGAGUUUUUUGAGAACCGGAAGGGGCUGUCCAGCCAUGCCAGGUCUCACUUACGUCAGAUGGGUGUAACUGAAUGGUCAGUUAAUGGAUCUCCCAUUGAUACACUACGUGAAAUCAUAAAGAAAAAGAACAAGCCGUGCUUGAUAAAGAAGGAGCCAAACACAAUGAGCAUUGAGCUUCCCACAGCUAUGGGAGACGAUGAUCCUAAAUCACCUGGAAAAAUUCUGCAGCCCAUGACAUUGUCUCCACUGGGCGGAAAGACUGGAAAACCAAAUCUUGGUCGGGAUAUGUCCUUGUCACUACUCAAGUCACAGGAGGGAUUCCUGGCACCACUCUCUGCUAAACGGCCACUAUCAGAUGAACGACUGGGUGGCCAUGAAAUGAAGCAUAAAACCUAUAUCCAAACUGAAUUACCAUUCAAAGCCAAGCUCUUGCAUGAAAAGCCCACUCAUACAUCCAGUGAAGCCUGCUGUGAACUCUGUGGCCUCUACUUUGAGAACCGCAAAGCACUAGCCAGCCAUGCUCGGGCACAUCUCAGACAGUUUGGAGUAACUGAAUGGUGUGUGAACGGAUCCCCAAUUGAGACUUUAAGUGAGUGGAUCAAGCAUCGCCCCCAGAAAGCUGGAGCCUAUCGCAGCUACAUCCAAGGUGGCCGGCCCUUUGCAAAGAAGUUCCGCAAUGCUGCUCACCUGCGUGAUGGUGAUCCCUCUGGGAAGAGAGUUGCUCUGAGCCUGCAGGCAGGCAGUCCUUCACUGAUGAGCAGAAGCCUAAGUGGGGAGAUGAUGCUAAACGAGCACAGUAAAGCUGUGGAUGGUUGUGGCAGCAGUGAGCGACCUGCAAUCACAUCUCCUUUGUCGCUUGUAAAGGUGGAAGAGCAUCAUCAGCAUAACAUCAACAAGUUUGAACGGAGGCAGGCUAAGCCCAUUGAGGCUCCUCUACAUAGAGAAAAUGAAUCCACUGACUUACAACAGAGGGCUGAAGAGGUCCGCCAACCAGCCCCCAGAGUAAGACCAGUGCCCUCUUUGGUUCCUAGGCCACCACAGACUUCCUUGGUGAAAUUUGUGGGCAACAUCUACACGCUAAAGUGCAGAUUUUGUGAAGUGGAGUUCCAAGGACCCCUCUCCAUCCAAGAGGAGUGGGUGCGCCAUCUUCAGCGCCACAUUUUGGAGACUAACUUCUCCAAGGCUGAUCCGUUGAGAAGUGGGACUGAUAUGCCUGCAGCAGCACCACCUGUAGCUGAAGCCCAAUAGCAAAGCUCUUAGGAAACACCAGCAUUCCAGGCUUUCUGCCUUACAUUUCCAAAUGUACAAGAAUAAUGUUGAACAAAUAGGGGUGAACACAACGUUUGUUUUUCUGGGUUCUAUAGUUUCGCUACAGAGUCUAGGUAUUUGUAGACUUAUUUUGGACUUUAAGAGGCUAAGAGAAGAGUCCAGAUGUUGAGCACUAAAUAAAACCAUGUUGGGUUUUUUUGGGAGAUGUCCUUAUUGACAGCAGUGGCAUUCCACACUAGAGCUUCUUGUGUGUGUUCUGUCUGCACAGAGGGAGGAUGUUUUUUUUUUAAAAAGCAAAAAAGAAUUGUCCUUAACCUUCCAGUAAAUGCAAGUUUUUCCAAAGACACACUCUCCUUACAAAGAGAAAACAUGCACUUGCUCUGUUGCAGUUCAUGCUGUAGAAGAUGUUUUGGUGAGAGUUAUGAAUAUGAGGUUUUAGUGAAAGUUGUGAACAUGGGGGGUCAUUUUGAGCCCAAACAUAAACUGGGAGGGUAGAAGCAGAGCUAAUUUGCUGUGUGGGGAAAGCUAUUGAUUCUAUAUGUGACCUUAAUAUAUGUUUGAUUCCUUAGGUGACAAGUCUUUAGUUUCUGUGGACGUUGGAUCCUGUUGUGCAUGUUCACAUCCUCUAAUUGUGUGUAAUGGGGUUCUCCGUCCCAGUACGUUAUAGGGAAAAUCAAGAACUCCUUGACCAUAUACGUUUGCCUCUUCCUUACUUCCUAAUGUCAGUUGGUUAUCCUUGUUUCCUGUGGAAUUUUAUAUGUAGGCAAUCCUACUCUGCAAUACUAUGGCAGUUUGAUUUUGGUAGAGGGGUAAGAUUCUCUUUUAUCUUAAGCCUUGGGCUAAUGAUUGACCUCUGCCUAAAGAUGACAUGUCUUUCUGGCCAGUUCUGAAUUAAUAAAUUAUAUCCAGGAGCGACUGAAGAACUUGCAGCACAGCCUUCUGAACUUCUUGUUAGAAGGGCUUUAUGUGUUGCUUCCUUUCUAACAGGCACUUGGUGCAGUUCCCGGAUCAGCAACAGUAAGUCCUACUGGAAUUUCUGCUUUCCUGUUUUCGAUUACUGUUGCCAUCUUCUUUCUCUUCAUUGAACCUCAACUUUUUAAACUCUAGUUUUGUGUAGAAAUAAUGAGCGUUUCUUUUUAUUUGGAACUCAAGCUAUCAAAGCUAGAAGAGAAAUUACCUUUUAACUUUUUCAAUAGGCAUAUUCUGGUUAUUAUUGUACCUAGGAAUAUGUAUAUUAGAUUAAACUUCUGUUCUGGAAACAAAA